AUGCCUACGGUAUCAAAUCAACCGCCAUUUGUUGCACUGGAAACGAGCAUGGGAAAUAUAAUAAUUGAAUUGUAUUGGAAGCAUGCGCCGAAGACAUGUCGAAAUUUUGCUGAAUUAGCUCGCCGAGGUUAUUAUAAUGGAACGAUUUUUCAUAGGAUUAUUGCAGAUUUUAUUAUUCAAGGAGGUGAUCCAACUGGAACAGGAAAAGGUGGCGCUUCGAUUUAUGGUGACCGUUUCCCAGAUGAAAUAGAUGAUAAUUUAAAACAUACUGGUGCAGGAAUCAUUUCAAUGGCUAAUGCAGGUCCAAAUACAAAUGGUUCACAAUUUUUCAUUACUUUGGGGCCCACUCAACAUUUAGAUGGUAAACAUACAAUAUUUGGGCGUGUUGCUGCAGGAAUGAAGGUUGUUCAAAAAAUCGGACUCGUCGAUGUAGACAAUAAUGAUAGGCCAAAAUCAGAAGUGCGCCUUAUAAAAGCAACGCCAAAAGAAGACUCGAGAAUAUCUUGA